GAAAUCAAAGGAGAUUAAGAUUCAUUGUCGUGUCUCCCGUGUAAUUUUAGAAGAGUUUCACGAAUCCGUGCACCACUCUGCACUUGAUGAUUUUAGCGCGAUAAGGCGGGGAGAGGCAGAGCUCGGAGACUUUCUUUAAUUGCUAAACACAAACAAUCUGAACUAACCUCCUCUCUAACUUUUUUUAUUUGCAGAUCUGGAAAACAGAGAAGCACAUCUUUGAGUGCAUCCCGAUAUUUGCAAUCCUCUUCUUCCUCCAAGAUCUGCAACGCUCACAAUUCACAAUUCACAAAAUGCCUCCACCAUCAGCUCUCACCAUCCCCGCAGUCACGAAGCACACUGCCACUGUCAUCAUGGCCCAUGGUCUUGGUGAUAGUGGUGCUGGAUGGGUUUCGCUCGCAGAGAACUGGCGUCGUCGCCAAAAGUUCCAAGAGGUCAAAUUCAUAUUUCCAAAUGCGCCAGCCAUCCCCAUCUCAGUUAACUUUGGCAUGUCCAUGCCAGGUUGGUAUGACAUCGUAAGACGCACUGAUUCCACAACCUUUAGUGACCUCCAGGCUGAGCAGGAUGAGACUGGAAUUCGACGCUCCCAAGUUUACUUCCACUCGCUCAUCAAAUCCGAAAUAGAAGAUAGCAAGAUUCCAUCCAACCGCAUUGUUCUCGGCGGUUUCUCCCAAGGAGGCGCAAUGUCGAUUUUCUCCGGUAUUACAUGUCCAACUCAGCUCGGAGGUAUCUUCGGUAUGAGUUGUUACCUGUUAUUACGUAACAAGCUUCAAGAAUUUUUGGGCGCAGAUGGAGGCUCCAACAAGCAGACUAAGAUCUGGAUGGGCCAUGGAGAUUCCGAUCCUCUUGUUAAACCAGAAUGGGGUAUCAAGACGGCAGAGGUGCUCCGUGGUGAAGGUUAUGAUGUUCAAUUGAAGAUGUAUCCAGGUCUCCAGCAUUCAGCCGAUGUUUCGGAGAUUGAUGAUCUUGAGCAGUAUCUCAUCGGUAGAAUCCCAUCAAUCGCAGAUAAAGAGAGUCUAUGACUAGAAGAAGCCAAUCUCAAAAGUCCUUACAAUUUAGCGGUGCUAGUGUGCUUCUUCCUGGCAACAUUCAUGGUUUGGCGCUGGUUGCAGAAUAGGAGAAACGACAGGGCGGCAGAUACCAGGACGAAAUAGUUCCAAUUAUGAUUUUCCGAUGCGGGGCGUCACCAAUACAGCCGCAGGGCGGUUUUUAAUAGCUAGAGUGUUGGAAAUUUGCUCAGCUUGUCAAAUACAAUAUCCCUUUCCUCGAAUCUUUAGAUGGUGGCUCCGUGCUUCAAAGUUUUUCCGUGUAAUGUGUAUAACAAUUACA